GGAAGUCUUUGGGAUAGAGUACGACUCCAUCUGAUGGUCCUGCUAACAGCCCGAAGAUGAGUAAGAACACCUUAAAGACGCAAGAAAUACACAAAUAACGGAAGCUUUGCAUUGCUAUCGGAGCGUUGUCCCCCUUCUCCUGCUCCAGGGCCCUUAACGAGCCCCCUACUUGGAGGGCUCCCAGGGAGUGUGCUCCUGAUUGGCCAGCAGGCUGCCUCCUUGCUGCUGGCUCAACUGAAAGCCCAGCUAGCACUGACGCAGAUUAACAACGCUCUCACUGUUGGCAGCCGAGCGGUGACCUUGUCAUCCAACUCCAACACACCUUCUCCCUACAUACCCACAACACCCCCCUCCCCAACUGCUGCGGCCAUCAAUCUCCUUAACCUUCUGAAGAUCGCAAACACCAUGUCCCAUCCCCUGUAUAAUCCCUAUGCUCCUGGGAACCAAGGUUCCACCAUGGGACCGUAUGGACUCUCCAGUAUACAGGCAGAGAGGGACCCUCGGAGGGCAUCUUCUCACCUUGGACCUGGGUCCGGCUUCAGCUCUACUGGAGCUUCUUCUGCGACUCCUACCAACUCUGGGGGAAUGAUACCGUCGCUGCUACCGUCGAUGCUACCGUCGCUGAUGCCUCAAGCAAUGGGCUUCAGGCCUGAACAGACUAGAGCCAUAGAUGAGAACAUGGAGAGGUCCAUAGACAUGCAUAUUAGCAGAGCCAGAGAGGAGGUGAGGCUUCUUGGCAAACCAAUGCAUCAACCUAUAGACCAGGGCACUCACUUUCCCAGCACUCAAAGGGAUGAGUUUAUUUCCUCAGGCAGAGGGAUGGGCUCAUACCCAAUGUCCUCAACCUCUGCCCCUCUAGGACAUAGACACUCGGGCGUUGAAAGUGGUAGUAGUUCCUUGGACUGGUCGUCUAACUACAAAAGGCCUGCUGCUGAUGACUACUCUAAAUUUUAUUCAUCAUCUACUUCGUCUAACUAUGCAGGCGGUGAUAACGGUAGGUUUAAUGCCUCCAGUGAAAGGGAACAUGAUAUACCGUCGAUUCCAGGGUUGGGUGAUUUUGACUAUCCAAUGUCAGACCAAUCUCCCAAGUACACCUCUGAAUCAGCUUCCAACAUCCUUGUGCACUUUGGACUUGAAAAAGAGGACUUAGAACAUCUCAUCUCCUACCCUGAAGACCAGAUCACCCCUUCUAACCUGCCGUUCAUCUUGCGGCAAAUCCGCAUUGAGAAGACCAAGAGAGGUACAACUGCAGCUCAGUCAAAACCCCAACCCCCCAGAACUGUGGACAGUAACAGUUUGAGUAGUUCUGGAGGGCCAAGAAUGCGGCAAGAGGAAAUGUCAGGGGCUGUUCACCAGCAAGGUAAAGUGAUUGACUAUGGACAUACCGGCAAAUAUACUGGAGGGACUGGGGAUGAGCUUGGAAGAAACGGUGGCAGUAGGUCUAACAGCGGUGGUAGUGGAAGUAUGUUGCCAAUGGACACUUACGAUAGUAGCAAACUCAACAAAAAUACAACAGAGGUGAAGAGCAGUGCCUUGGGUUCUUCACGUGACCAGACGACUUCUGUUUCCAGCCUCAGCUCUUCGUACAGUUCAAUACUGAACUCUGUGGCGCCCCCAAGUAAUGAGCAGACUAAACGAUUGCAGACCCUACCAAACCAGACUUCCCAAACAAUUCUCAGCUCUUUCUCUCUGCCGAAGAAAGACACAGACUUCAGAAUUCUCAAGGCUGAAGCGCAUAAACCAAUUGCUUUGCAAGAACCACAGGCAGGUCGCCAGACGACGACAAAAACCCAACCACCCUCCACUCAGUACCAUGGUAUGCAUCCCACCCGACCUGGCCUUGUGCUCAUUGGCAGUAAUAAAGCCGGUGGCACUAAGGAUCACAGUAUAACUCGAGGACCAGGGUCAUCAUUUGCUGAGCAGAUGAAAAAUCAGCAGUCGCAGCAGCUGCCAGUUCAGCAGAUGCAGCAUCAGCCGCAGCAGCCGGUAACCCAGAUGGGGCAAGCAAUGUGGCCUCCAGUUUUUUCUGCUGCAAAAUCAGUCCCGCCUGCUUCUCACAUCCCCAGCAUCACUAGUGUCAGGCAACUUCCGGCUGGUCCUCGCCCCAUCGUUCUUCCUCCAGAUUUACUUCAGCCAAUCCCAGGCCUGAUGACCCUCAAUCACCUGAGGCAUCCACCUUCCAUCCCGCAGCCGCCGGCAGUCUUCAAGAGUCUGCCAACUGCGGCCAUGAUGCAUGACUAUGCAGCCGCCUCGCCAAGAAUCUUUCCACAUACCUGUUGUCUGUGUAACAGAGUCUGUACCCUUAUGAAGGAUUGGAUCUCCCACCAGAACACCAGCCUUCACCUUGAGAACUGCACAUUCCUCCGAAAACGAUUCCCAGCGUGGGAUGGUGAGAUAGCACUCAGGCCCAGUUCUGCAGGUAAAGAUGACAAGGCCUCGCCUUCAACCUCUUCACACACUUCCCAGCAUCGUCAGAAAGCCAGUUCCCGCUCGAUCAGCCCCCGACGCCACCAUGGCCCAGACAGUAGAAGGGAGAAUCGCAGCAGUCCAUCACAUUCCCCACAGAGCUCCAGAUUCAGUCGCAGGUCCCGAUCUCGUUCUUCAUCCCCAUGGUAUGAUCGCCCUACCUCCUCCCGCUUUCGAUCACGUUCAAGGAGCAGUGAGAGACGAUCGUCGCCGAGGAGAGACAAGAAAUUGUCCUCACUAAGGACCAGAGAUGACAGACGACCAUCUUCAAGGAGGACCCAUGAGAGGCUGUGGUUACCAAGGACGAGUAAUCAAAGACGAUUAGUCAAACGAAAGAAGUCGAGGAAUGCAGAAAACCUGGCUAAGAAACUAAUGGAAACACCAGCUGUCCAGUCUCUGUCGAAAGAUUCUGACCUGGAGGCUGUGGUUAAAACUCUGGCUCCUGCCUUACUGGCCGAGCUAGCCAAGAUGAAGUCCUCAUCAUCAUCAUCACACUCCUCGUCCGUAGGAGGAAAUCCCUCCUCGUCUUCUACUGCCGUUACUGCAAAGAAGGAGUUCACUAAGAAGCCUUAUAAAGCAAACCCCAACCUGCAGAAGUCUGUGUCUGGUAAAUCGACGCCUCCGACGAUGGUGAAACUAGAAGGGAUUCAGAGUUAUGUCUCUUACAACAAUGUGAUGGAUGCUAUGAGGCAAUUUGGAAAAACCAAGACUAUUGUACUGUAUCGGUCUAAACGUGAGGUAACGGUGUGUUUUGAAAAAGAGGAAGACGCAAAUAAGUUAAAGAGCUUAAAGAGCUUUGAAGUCAAAGGAACGACAAUCUCUGUUGUCAGCGAACAGAAGGAUGUUGCUAAGGAACAAAAGAAUCCUCCUAAGAAAAAACCUGCCGCAUCCAGUGUCGACACACCUCAAACCCCUACCCUGCCUCGGCUUACAGCGCCUUUACCUUCUGGAGACAAAAAAGCUGCAACAGGCAAGCCUACCAAUCAGAAAAGUGCAGCUAAAGGUUUAGUUAAAGGCGUAACGACUGGCACUAAAGCAAAGGUCUUGGUUUCCAAAACCAAAAACAUCUCAACCAAGCCGAUAACUAAAACGGUAAAAACAGCAAAGGCUCCUGUGAAGGGAGCUGUGAGAAAGACUUUGGUAAAGCAAAAACCGUCCUCAGGAUCCAAGUCCACAGCUCCAGCAAAGCAGCCCGAUGUAGAAAAGUCCAAGCCUAAAGAAUCUGAAACUAAUGUUGAAGAAGCUGUGCCGAAAGAAGUCGUUGAAGAAGCUACUGUGACAGUUCUUGAACCUAAGCAUCAGGCAGAACUUGACAAACCCAAUGACAAACCCAAACCCAAUGACAAACCCAAUGACAAACCCAAUGACAAACCCAAACCCAAUGACAAACCCAAUGACAAACCCAAACCCAAUGACAAACCCAAUGACAAACCCAAACCCAAUGACAAACCCAAACCCAAUGACAAACCCAAUGACAAACCCAAACCCAAUGACAAACCCAAACCCAAUGAUAAACCCAAUGACGCUGAAGAUGCUGAACCAGCUGAACCAAUGAAGAUUGGAGAAAUAGGAGUUGAAUUGGAAGAGCCCAUGGAAGUUGAAAGUUGUGCUAACGGCCAAGGAGCAAAACCAACAACUACAGAGACCGUACCAGAGAAUCUACCACCAGACAGUACAAUGGAGACCCGGCCAACAGAAACCUCUGUCAAAACUUUACCACAAAUGUCAGAACCAGAGUCCACUGCACUGCAAGAACCGGGGUCCAAGACGGAGGCUUCACACAUGCAACAGAAGGCUGCAGGAAGCCCAACUGAAGACGCUGUGGAGGCAAAGUCGCCAGAAGGAGGGGUGGAGACCAAAACAAUGCAAAAAGAUUCUGUGACUGAAGUGAAGACACAAACGGUUGCAGCCAAGAAGGCCUCCAAAGGCAACGCCGUUUCCACGUUGACUAUUGGGGAGAUGAUUGAAAAGCACCUGCAGCUUUGCCUAAUAUCCCGCUUCAAGUUGAAAACCUGGAGCGGACCGCGGUUCAUUUCACUUGGUCAGAGGCAUUUGCUCAUAACAAACCUGCCAAAGUAUCACGAUGGCUGCUACACAGAGAGCGACAUUGCCAAUCUGCUCAAACCAUUUGGGUUUACAAAUAUCGAUGACCACAUCUAUGUUGUUCCUCAGACCCGCAUGGCCUUCUUCUUGCUACCGACAGUGGAGGAUGUGCUCAGAAUAAUGAACGUCUCCUUGGCCACGAUCAUUAUUUUCAAAGGGUCUCAACUCUCCUUCCAUGCCGUAGCAGACGGAAUUUCAAUGGUGCCGAGCCCAAUCUAUAGUCGUCGAGGAAUGCGACUGGAAUGUCAGGCGCAAGAGAAGGAUUGCUGGUUGUGUGGGCAGUUCGGCCACUUCCAAAGUGAGGGUGUGGUCCAGGUUGCGGAGCUGCCAGAAUCCAGUCCAGAAUGGAUCCAGCGUGCACCGUUGCUGUUUUAUAAGUCGCUGAUGAACCUGAUCCUAUUUCACGUGGCAGAUUAUGGAUCGAGAAUAGUCCUCAUCAAGAAUAUUUCAUGGAAGGAGGCCGGGGAGCUCAGAGAAAAUAUGAAACCAAUCAUAUCUGUCAAGAACUACCUGCCGCUGCUCAACAAGGUAUUUAUAGAAUUUGAGUCCACUUGCGAUACUGAUCGCUUCGGACUCUGGUGCAGUAAGAGAGAAGCCUCCGGCCACAAAGUUCAGAGGCUGAGCAAACACCACGUUGCCCAUCUGUCACUCUCUCAAAGAGAUGGAGCUCAGGCAAACACCAGCAGUAGUGUUGCCGUGCAAAGUAACCCGCGCGAUGAUUUAGGACCAUUUUGGGUCACGAUGAGAAUGCGUCCCUUCCUGUUCCCGACCGUGUCUCCUUUGUUCAUCAUCCCUGAUUACCGGACAGUCAGAUCACAGAGCGACAUUGAGAAGGCCAAAGUUCAUGGCUUCGCGUUCUCCACGAUCAUGUUGACCGGUUUGCCAGAAGGUGUCUACCAGCAUGAGGACGUGGCCAAUUUGGUCUCCCGGUAUUUCCCCAAACAGAACCUUGAGUCCCUCAACUACAACGUGGCGGUCCUACCGGUGCAGAAGAGGGCCUUUGUGUUUUUCGCUGAUUGGACUUCGUGCAGCGAUUUUGCUGGAGAUCAACUCUUAAAUCCAGUUUUUGUCAAAGGCUUCAAGCUCAGUGUUCACUUCGUCUUACAAGACAUGCGUCCCCAACCCAGUGAGGAGAUGAUGUACACAACUCUGAUGAAGCUGAGCGACGCUGAAGUUAAAGAGACGAAGCUUCUGGAGGAGCGGCUGCUGUGUGUGGACAUUUCUGAGGUGUCUCUGGACAUCAUCUGGGUCGUCAUAGAAAUGGUGGCGUCCAUUGCAACCUUUGUCAACUUCCUGCCACUCGCCAACAGGAUAUACGUUGAGAUGUCUGACUCCAGCGCUGUCACCAAAGUGGUGAAGAAACACAUCACUUUCAAACCGGACUCUUCUAACAAGAGCAACGCUUGGAGUAAAGUUCUACGUGCUGAGUCUUUGAAGAGCAUAAAACAGCGUCUACGAGAUUCAAGUAAGACCACAACAAACUUUGACCCGAACGCCGUCAUUGUCAUAGACGAGCCUCCAGCUGUGAAAUGUCAAACACAGCCCCCUCCUUCGGAACCGUCCACCGUUACUGAGCCCAUCACAGCAGGACCAAGUGACGUAGCCAUGAAGGAGGACGGGGAGAAACCUGAGAUCGUCACGGACUCAACUGUUGUUCCCGAGGCAAAUGAAGAUGUAGAGAAAGUGGAAGUAAAGAUGGAAGAGGGGUCUGAUGUGACGUCUGCGGUGACGUCUGAUGUGACGUCUGCUGCGACGUCUGAUGCGACGUCUGAUGUCACAUCUGCUGCGACGUCUGAUGCGACGUCUGAUGCGAAGUCUGGUGCGAAGUCUGGUGCGAAGUCUGGUGCGAAGUCUGAUGCGACGUCUGACGUCACGUCUGAUGCGAAGUCUGGUGCGAAGUCUGAUGCGAAGUCUGACGUCACGUCUGGUGCGAAGUCUGGUGCGAAGUCUGACGUCACGUCUGAUGCGAAGUCUGGUGCGAAGUCUGGUGCGAAGUCUGACGUCACGUCUGAUGCGAAGUCUGGUGCGAAGUCUGGUGCGAAGUCUGACGUCACGUCUGAUGCGAAGUCUGAUGCGAAGUCUGGUGCGAAGUCUGGUGCGAAGUCUGACGUCACGUCUGAUGCGAAGUCUGGUGCGAAGUCUGGUGCGAAGUCUGACGUCACGUCUGAUGCAAAGUCUGGUGCGAAGUCUGGUGCGAAGUCUGCUGUCAGCAGUGGAACCACAGGCCCGGCUGCUUCCAGUCCUGCCCCGUCAGCUGCAGCGCUCAAGCCUGAAGGAACCUCUGCAGAACUUCCUCCGAUUAACGCAGAUGAUUUCCAGGCCAUCACGGCAGCGGUCCGCAAUCAUAGACUCACCCGUGUGAGCAGUAGCCGGAUGGGGAGGAAGCAGUUUCAUCUUGAUUUCACAGAUGACGCUCUUCCUUCAGACGCCUAUAUUUUUGAUGACCAAAAUAUAAACAUGAAGGACUUUGUCACCGUUGAUGAAGUUGGUGGUGAUGACCGGAAAUACACGCGCACCCACCCUCGUAGAUCCUCUUCAUCGAAACACUCCAGAGGGGAGAGGUUUAGGGCAGACGGCAGACGGACCUCAAAGAGCUCUUCGAAAGCCCCUUCCUCAUCCACCUCAUCCAAUUCAACUAAAGGCUCAAGCUCUUCUAGCUUUGCGUCACCAAAAAAGCCCAAGGACUCAUCUGAGUCCACCAAAUCCCCAGCCUCUGCCCACGUCAGUAAGGCCUCCUCCUCUUCUUCUUCACUGUCUGCUGCAAGGCCUUCUUCCUCUGGUCAGAAAACACAACAGAACAAGACAAAAUCUCCAGCCAAAGCAUCAAGUACGGCAUCCUCCGCUGCUAGUACCCGCUCAUCCUCCGCUGCACGUGAAACAGAAAAGAAAACAUCAGCAGCAACUGUGGAGGCGUCGAUGGAGCGUCCUUCAGAGUCUCUUAAAGACGAAGUGAAAGCCACUGAGAGGACAGUGGCAAAGUCUGACCACAAAGUGUCAGCAGAGGGCAUUGCUGCAAAAACUGUUGAGUCGGAGACAAAACUAGAAGCAUCAUCAGAGAUGCAUCCACCUCGACAGGGACACGGCUUAGAGUUGAGCCAAGCACAGAGUCUGGACAAUGAUUCUAAUGUCGACACACUCAAAGACCAGAAGAAAAGCAAAGAGGAAGGGAAAGAAGACAAACCUACAACGGUGGAGGAGGACGGCGGGGAAAAAUACCAAAUCCUUGAUUCAGUUGAGCAGAUGGAUGGUGCGGACCAAGACGGCGGCUCUGAAGGCCAGCUGACUCGACCUGAGGGACACCAGACUUUGCACAAGGAAAGCUUUCAGGCUGUAGACAGUGCCCACCGACAGGGGUCAAAUGAAAUGGAAAUGGACAAUUCUUUCCAAUUGUUAGACAGUGUUACCGAAGACCAAGCAGCUACAGGUCAAGAGGACAGUCCCCUGGUCCAAGAGGACAGUCCCCUGGUCCAAGAGGACAGUUCCACAGUAAAGCAACUGUCUGAGAAAGAUUCAAUCUCAGCAGGUGACACAUCUGCUAAAGAUUCAGCAGGUAAAGAUCAAGAGGCAAAUGUAGAUCAUUUCCAAGUGUUAGAUGCAGGUAGUAAACAAGCUUCAAUAGGAGAUGAGAUAAAGAGAAAAAAGGACGAACACAAAGGUGAAAUGUUAUCAACAGAAUCCUGCAAAGCCUCCGAAGAUGUGGAAAAUCCUGGAAGCCAAAUCCCAAAAGAAAAGACUCCACAAGACGCCGACAGCAAAGAUACUUUAAAAGAUGCUCCUGAAACAGAAACCUUUGAGAUAUUAGAUUCCGUUGAGGAUCAGACUACAACAGAAGAUGACAGCCAACACCUUGAAACUCCCAGUGGCCCGUUAUCUAAAGAAGAAGUUGGGCCCAUGGAGGACGAGGACGACGUAUAUGAGGUCAUUGAUUCUGUGGAUGAUCAGCCAACGACAGACACUGACGACACGGGGAAAAGAAACAUGAGACUGGAGGCGACUUCUAGAAAAGAUGAUAGACCAUCAAAGAAGAGUGGCCCCGCAACCAGAGCGUCCAAGUGUCAGGAGAAGGAGAAAUCUCCAAAGAACAGGGCGGUUAAAAAACACGAGACACGGACAAACAUGGACAGGACUGCAGUUUCUAAAAAAGACAAAGAGGUCACACAGGAGAUCGUGUAUGAGAUAGUAGAUUCUGUUGAAGACGAACCGGCGCAAUAUAUCGGCGCCACAGAAGUGUCUGGUAGAAGGAGGAGUGCAAGAGGAAGGAAAGAGGAUAAAAUGAUAGUGGAUCUCACAGAAGAAAAACCAGAGGAGGCUACAUACAAGAUUUUAGACUCUGUAGACGACGAAACGGCCAAUGAUGAACCGACCAUCACAAGAUCUACCCGAGGAAAGAGGGAAAGAACAACGAAGAAAGAAGACACACCAACAAGAAGGAGACACACUCCUGCCAGAGAGUCCCAGGAACGAAGCAGGGACAAGACCCCAAAGAAAGAAGAGAAAGAACCUCCGAAGGAGCUCGCACCAUCAAAGAAGAGUGACGUUGUCAGCGAGGUAAGUGAGGAAGAAGCCACCUAUGAAGUCCUUGACUCUGUGGAGGAUGAGGUUGUUAAAGACGAUCGUCCCGCUACGAGAAGAAAAGUAAAAAGGGGAAGACCAAAAAAAGAUGUUAAAACAACAAAAAAAGCCAUCGUAACAUUAAAGAAGGGCGACGAAGAUGCAUCCGAAAAGGUGGCUGAUGAAGAAGAGGCGACAUAUCAGAUUCUUGAUUCUGUGGAGGACGAGACGGUUGACGAUCCCAAACCCACAGGACCGUCAACAAACAAUGACCAGCAAACAAAGAGAAGUGCAUCUCUCGCCGGAUCACCCAAAGAUGAAGAGGAGGAGGACGAGCCUAUGUAUCAGAUCGUAGAUUCUCUGGAAGAUGAACAAGCUCAAGAGGAGCUGCGGGCCUCAGAGGCGUCCGAGAUAGGGAGGAAGGGAAAAGAGGAAACUCCUGCAAAAGAAGAGGCAUCAGCUGGAAAAGAAGACACACCAACAUGUGGAAGCACAGUUGUGGAAACAUCUGAGAAGGUGGAGGAGCCUCUGUAUCAGAUAGUUGAUGAGUCGCAUGAUGAUCCGUCUGCUGCAGAAGGAUCUGCAGCUCCACCCGAAACAGACCUCAAGAAGGAGGACAAGUCAACUAAACCCCAGAGCCAUACCGUCAUACUUAAAAAGAAGAAACAAAAAUCGUCUGAGAAAGACGAAGCAACGAGCACUCUGGUGAACCUGGACGAAGUGAGCGAGGAGGAGGAGGAUUACCCCGAUGACGCGGCCGAGGAGGAAGAACUGAGGAGGCGACAAGCUGCCGCAAAGGAGAAGCACGAAGUGAGGAGGACCAGGGAGAAGGACGAGAGGAGAACCAGGGAGAGAGACGAGAGAGAGCGAAGGAGCCGGAGCGGCAGCAGCAAAGGAGGAGAGACGAGGAGGGAGAAGGAGCGGGAGAAAGAGGAGACGCUGGAUGUGGACUCCAAGGAGCUGCUGACUCUGGAUGAAGUGGGAGCCGAUGACGCUGAAGAGGAAAGAGCGCUGGAGAGCCGAGAGCGGGCUGAAGAGAUCACGGGGGGAGAGCUGCAGGCACUCGUCACAUUGGACGAGUUCGUAGAAGAAGAGGAAGAUGAGAAGCAAAGCACGCUGAAGACCCGCCCCCCCAGCCAGGAGGACGAAUCAGUGGACUUCUUAAACUCAGAGACUUUGGUGACUUUAGAUGAAGCUGGUGAUGAUGAGGAAGCGAAGCCAGACGAAGAGGAAGCUGAGAAAACCUCAAGAUCCGCCAAACGCAAACACGGUGAUCACACAGAGGAAAUUGUGAACUUUGUGACGGUGGACGAGGUGGGAGAGGACGGAGAGGAGGCGGUGAAGACCAAGACGAAAGGACAAGCCAAGAAGAAAACCAGACUGACUCCUGUGAGAAAAUCCACCAGAGGCAAAAAGUUGACCGCAAAAGACGAGAGAGAAGAAGAAAGGGAACCAGCUGACACUGCUGUGCUGCCUCUAACUUCAGCCGACGCCUCCUCGUCACUGGACAAAGGUCCGUCUACGCUGUCAAGUGACGGCAAGCCGGAGGUCCAUAAGCCGGAGGUCCAUAAGCCGGAGGUCCAUAAGCCGGAGGUCCAUAAGCCGGAGGUCCAUAAGCCGGAGGUCCAUAAGCCGGAGGUCCAGAAGCCGGAGGUCCAGAAGCCGGAGGUCCAGAAGCCGGAGGUCCAGAAGCCGGAGGUCCAGAAACCGGAGGUCCAAGCCGACAGCGGUGCUGCCUCUGCUGGGCAGGAGCUGCAGCCGCUGGAGGGAUGUGUGGAGGAAGGAGAGGAGGAGAAGGAAACACGGAGCAGGGCGGACAUUAAAGUUGGGAGUAAACAGCGGAGGGAGGGUGUCGGACCGGAGGCGAAGCGAUCUCGUUCUCAGUCUCCUAGUGUCGAUGCCGACGUCAAACUGCCGCCAUUCAAACCCAACAACCCCCUGGGUCAGGAGUUCGUGGUCCCCAAGUCUGGUUAUUUCUGUAAUCUGUGCUGCGUUUUCUACGCGAGCGAGAGCAACGCCAGGGAUCUGCACUGCAGCAGCCAGAGACACUACAGCAGCCUGCAGGAACAUUACCAGAAGCUUCAACAGAAACCAAGUUCCUCACAAAGUCAAGGAUCCGUUUCUGAUUGAUCUUCAACUUCUUCGAAAAAUGUGAAACUGUGUAGCUUUACAAACCACUGCAGAGGAAUAAUAAUAUUAAGCCAUGUUGGCAAUAACUAAUUGCUGUAAAUUCUACAUCCACCAUAAUACUCGAUAAAUAUCUGAACAUCGUCCCAACGAUGCAGAACAAACACAGAGAGCAGAGCUUCAUCUUAAAGUCAGUGAACGUUACAUAUUUGGAGGUUUGGCACUUUUAAAAGGUGUUACUACUCAUCCAUAAAUAAUGAAUACAAUAUUUACAGUUUAAACAUAAUUCAUUAGCAUUUUAUUUUCUAGUUUGUGCUAAAUGUGUUGGCUGGUGAUCAUCUUCACUCUGCUCUCAUUUAUGUAAUAAAGCUAUAAUGUGCUAAUAUUUGUAAAGCAGGAGGAGCUGAUACAGUGGGAGCUUAGUCACUUGUUUUUAAAACUGUAUAAAUAAAGUUUUGAAUUGAAUCUUGCACAUGAAGUGUAAUAAGGUUAGAUAAGUGUUAACAUCCACUUUCAUUUAAUCAGCCAUGCAAGGGAACAGUCCCAACACUGUUGGAGGAUUCAGUAAAGAACUAAACUCCAGUUUUUAACUGUUAGACACACACGAGCAAUGUUUCUUAUUGUUUUCUAAUUUGAGAGGUACAUUUUCUUGUGAAUUUAAGUAACUGUCCAAGUCAAUACUAAUUAUAGAGAAUAUGUUAUGUGAUGUGUUUGUUUUCCUUUGAAGAAAUGUAUAUGAAAUGACACCAAAUCCCAGUUUCUGCACAUGUAAAAUGUCAUUUCUAUUGAAUAAUUAAAAUGUUUUCCCCUCA